AUGAAUAAUGAUAUUCAAACAUCGAUUACAGCACUUCGCCAUAUUGUCAAUACAAUCAAAACAUUUGAUACAUGUGAGUCAUGUAUUGAUUUUAUUAACAAUCAAGUGAAAGAAGAAAAGGUUUUUUUAAUUGUUUCGGGCUCGUUGGGACAACAAUUAGUACCUAGAAUUGAACAUGACAUUAAACUUGAUUCGAUUUAUGUAUUUUGUUUAAAAAAAUGCAACCAUGAACAAUGGGCUAGUAAAGAGCAACAUCAAAAAAUCAAAGGCAUCUUUAUAGAUAUUCAAGAUAUUUGUAAUCGACUCAAAGAAGAUAUUAAACAGAGUCAACAUGAAUUGACUUCUAUUCAGACACUUAGUUCACAAACAUCAAGAAUUUCUAAUUAUCUUGAUGCAUCAUUCAUGUACUCGCAAUUACUUAAAGACAUUAUACUCAAUAUAGAAUAUGAUGAUACGACUCGUGAACAAGCGAAAAAAGAUUUUAUUGAUUUUUGUCGAAUUUACUAUGCUGAGAAUAAUGCAGAAUUGUGUGUAAUCGAAGAAUUCGAACAAAAUUAUAGCAAUCCAUCUCCUAUUUGGUGGUAUACACGUGAAUGUUUUAUUUAUUCAAUGCUAAAUCGAGCAUUAUGUAAGCAGGAUACGGAGAUUUUGAUCAAGAUGAAUUUCUUUAUUUAUGAUCUUCAUCAACAACUUGAACAUCUUCAUAAAACAAUAAAUAAUGGUCAGAUAUUAACUGUCUAUCGAGGUCAAGGGUAA